AUGUCAUUAGGAAGAUUCAAUGCAGUUGCAUCGAAAUAUCAAAAUUUAGUCAAACAACGGCUUAGUGAACUUAACAAUUGGGUUCAACCGUCACCAUCGAAAUUUGAUAAUAUUGUAAUUGCAAUGUCAUCAGGUGUAGAUUCUUCAAUGUCAGCUGCAUUAUUUAGUCAAUAUCCCAAUGCUAAAGGAAUAUAUAUGCGUAAUUGGACAAAUGCUAAUGAUUCUGAUUCAGAAUUGAAAAAUUGUGAUGAACAAGAUUGGAAAGAUGCUAUGAAAGUAGCUAAAUAUUUAAAUAUACCUUUGAAUUUAGUUAAUUUUGAACAAGAUUAUUGGAUUGAUGUAUUUGAACCAAUGCUCAAAAGUUAUCAAUUAGGUUCAACACCAAAUCCUGAUAUUUUAUGUAAUAAAUUUGUUAAAUUUGGGAAAUUAAAUACUUAUUUAGAUGAAAAAUUUGGUCAAAAUAAUUAUUGGCUUGUAAUGGGACAUUAUUCAAGAGUAUUAAAACAAAAUGAUAUUAAUAAGUCAGUAGAACAACGAUAUGGUUUAUUUAAAGGUAUUGAUACUCAUAAGGAUCAAAGUUAUUAUUUAUCUCAAGUGAAUAGUAAAGUUUGGCCAAAUACAAUAUUACCAAUGGGUCAUUUAUUUAAAAAAGAAGUCCGAGAAAUGGCAUCUGAAUUAGAACUCCCGAGUGCUAAGAAACCAGAUUCUCAAGGGAUAUGUUUUGUAAAUAAUUCACAAGCUGGCAAAUUUAAAAAUUUCUUAAAAGAAUAUAUUCCAACUGAGUCAGGUAAUAUUAUUACAUUGGAAAACGAUACACAAAAUGGAAAACGUUUAGUAUGGGGCCAACAUGAUGGUCUAUGGUCUUAUACUAUUGGACAAAAAAUUGGAAUAUCAAUGCCACAAGCAGAUCCUAAAUAUAAAGGUACAUGGUUUGUUAGUGAAAAGAUAACAAAAACAAAUGAGAUUGUAAUUGUUAAAGGCAGAGAUAAUAUCAAAUUAUUUCAUAAUUGUUUAAAAGUUGGUCAAUUUGAAAUUCUUGAUGAUACAACAUCUAUUACUACAUUUGAAGAUACAAUACGAAAUGGUUUAAAGGAAGGGACAUUGCAUAUGCAAUAUCGAUCAUUACAGGAACCUAUUAAAGUGAAACAUUGUAAAAUUGUGCCUACAGAAUCAAAUGAUACAUUCAAUAUAAAUAAAAAGGAGACCAAAAUUUUACAAUUAGGAUUGGAACUUUAUGAAUCCCAAAGAGCGAUGGCUGCUGGACAAUAUUGUUGUCUUUACAACGGUAAUCAAGUCAUUGGCAGUGGACCAAUCUUAAAUACACAUAACAAUAACAUACGAGGGACAUAA